CUCAACGUUUCGACUAGCUUGCUCUAGUCAUCGUCAGGAGACUGUACCUCAUCUAAAAUAAAGUCUACUCUAAACCGCCACUUGAAUUGAGUGUUGUUCUUCACCUUCUUUCACUUCUUCAGCACACUUAUCAAGAGGAAAUCUGCACUUGCUUCUAAUGAAGAUGGACAAGUAAUCUACUGGUCUUCAAACGAGGAUUGUUAGGUCAUGACCAACACAUUGGAUAUAGGUACUGCCUACAAUAGCUUGGCACCAAAUGCAAUGAAAAGAAACAUUACUCAAAUGAGACAAAAGACACAAUACAUCAGCACGCUUCCAUUAAAAGGUAUCAGUGGCCAAUAAAAACAAUGAUCCCACGGAUUGUUCGUCGUCGUAAAGCGUGGCUCUUCUGCAUCGUUGCUAUAGGAACAGUAUGCUUCCUCUUUCAGUUCUUAGGGAUUCACUUUCUGAGUUCCAACGAUCGUAAAAUAGAACAGUCAUGGUAUAAAAACAAUAAGCCAAAGGCUCAUAUUAAACCAGCAAUAAUUGGAGUGAGACCCAACGAGGCAUCUUUGUAUUCACCAGACCCAGAUGGAAACUUCGGGUGUUUAGAUCUUACAACUAAGAUUCCAUUCUAUAAAGUUAAUGAUGAGUAUUGUGACUGCGUUGGUGAUGGAUCCGAUGAACCAGGAACAGAUGCUUGUCCUAAUGGAAGGUUUUAUUGUUUCCAAGACCAGAAGUUUAUCCCAUCUGGUAGAGUGAAUGAUGGCAUAUGUGACUGUUGUGAUGGAAGUGAAGAAUGGAACCAGUCUGCAAGCAUAAGGAAGGUCAAAGAUCUUCCACACAGUAAUCAAGUCAAGGUAGCUCCUUGUGAGAAUGCUUGUAAGGGAAGUGUCAAGUUUGUUGCUGAACAGGAGAAGAUGAGGCAGAUAGGAGCCAGACUAAAGCAACAGUAUAUAAUAGCAGGCAAAAACCACAAGGGAGAGAUAUAUGGCAGUAAUGGAGAAUACUACAAACUCAGUAAAAAUUGUUUAACUCGAUACAUCAACUACGCUCACUAUACAGUCUGUCCUUUUGAAAAAAUCAUCCAAGAGCAAAAUGGACAUUCCUUCACAAUUGGCAGAUCACCGUCUUGGGAUAAAGAUGCACAAGAUGACCAGGUUGAUAUAUUACUGAUGGAAGAUGGGGACAGAAAGGGAUGUCCAGCUGGAACAAGAAGAAAAACUUAUAUUUACUUUGCCUGUGGAUUGACAGAUGACAUCAUUAGUGUGAAGGAAACAGAUCGAUGUGUUUACUCAGUGAGAUGCAGCACUCCAGCAGCAUGCUAAUCUACGUUUAUUAAGAAGCGUUUAGAAUACUGCAGAAUAUUCCAGACGUGUCAAGGAAACAGAUCAUUGUGUUUACUCAGUGAGGUGCAGCACCCUAGCAGCAUGCUUAUCUACGUUUAUUAGACGCGUCAAUGACUAGAAUACUGCAGAAUGUUCCAGACGUGUCAAGGAAACAGAUCAAUGUGUUUACUCAGUGAGGUGCAGCACUCCAGCAGCAUGCUAAUCUACGUUUAUUAAGAAGCGUCUAGAUUACUGCAGAAUGUUUCAGACGUGUCAAGGAAACAGAUCAAUGUGUUUAAUCAGUUAGGUGCAGCACCCUAGCAGCAUGCUAAUCUACGUUUAUGAGAAGCGUUUAGAAUACUGCAGAACAUUCCAGACGUGUCAAGAAAACAGAUCAUUGUGUUUACUCAGUGAGGUGCAGCACCCUAGCAGCAUGCUAAUCUACGUUUAUGAGAAGCGUUUAGAAUACUGCAGAAUAUUCCAGACGUGUCAAGGAAACAGAUCAUUGUGUUUACUCAGUGAGGUGCAGCACUCCAGCAGCAUGCUAAUCUACGUUUUUUAGCACGUCAAUGACUAGAAUACUGCAGAAUGUUCCAGACAAGUCAAGGAAACAGAUCAAUGUGUUUACUCAGUGAGGUGCAGCACUCCAGCAGCAUGCUAAUCUACGUUUUUUAGCACGUCAAUGACUAGAAUACUGCAGAAUGUUCCAGACUUAUGAGGCUCUCCAUUGUACUGCCUUUUUCUUCAUCGAUCUCAUCAUAACUGACCCUUCAUCAAUCAUGGUUUUCUUGAUGGAACGCCAAGCUGAUCUUUCUUCCAAGGGCUUUGCUGCUUGCUUUAUUGAGUGACAUGAAAUUUUACUGGUGUUUGAUUUUCUUAGGAAACUUUUAAAAGGGCACCAUGGCUGAGACCAGGGGCAACAGAGGCCUUGGCUUUGAUAGCCUUCGUAAUUUCCAAGUUGUUCAGAAGUCAACUGGCUCAUAUAUUGGGAUUGGACACUGAAACAGAAGUCUGGAGGACUAGACCAGAUUUGCCCUUGCAGUAAUAAUAAUAGUAAUGGUGGCAGUUAGGGCCAGUUUGAAUCUUUGCGAGUUUUGCAAGCAAUUUAAUUGAUGCAUUUCUUGCAACAGAGACAGAAAACUAAGGAAUUUUUUGAGUGAAAUGUGAAACUAUGCAUGAGAGUGAUUUGUCUUUCAUAAAAUAUAUGUAUAAUUAGGAGUAAUGUAUCAUGAAUACCAGUACUAAAAACGGAGUGUAUUUUUUUAGAUCUUAUUCUAAAAACAAAGUUGUGUAAAGUGGGAAAUAGACGGGUUGAAUGUACAUAAGCUGUCGAUAGUUGGGAAUAACCUAUGCAUAAAUAUGUUGUUUACAAGGAAAGUAGAUUAUUAUUGGUAGUACUAGUAUCACGUCCAACUUCUGAAAUGAUACUUGCUUCUAGCUGACCUGGGCCAUAUUUCAUAAAGCCUGUAAGCACAAAAACUGUUGAGCACAAAAAACCUUUUGUCUAGCAAAAAACGGUUACCAGCCAGAACAACUUACAGUUCCAAUUGCUGCAAUUGGUACCCCUGUCAUUUCUUUGUGAAAACAAAACUAUACAGUUUUAACCUGUCACAUCUUGCUUUUAGCCAAGAAAUUUGCUAAGCAGACAUUUCUGCUUAUUGGGCCCUGCUGUUAGGUGAAAGCACUGCCCGUAUAAAAACAUUUUCUUAUUUUGUGGUUCAUUGCAAAAAACAAUAGUAGUGGGUGUGGUGUUAAGGGGUUACCAAGACGAGACACAUUGGAGAAAUUGAUCAACUUUACAUUCUAGUAAUAUCUUGGCGAUCUUGGAUUAGUUAUGUGAACUGACAUAAAAUUUUCAAUAGAGGGCGCUUUAGGAUUCAUUCAAAGCUGUGAAUAGUAGUGACAUUUAAACAUAAUCAUGUUUAAUUGCUAUCAAAUUGUUUGCAACAACAGUUGUGAACAAUGUUUAUCUUAUAUGGUAUUUAAAAUGUUUCCAAUCCUUGAGCUGGUAAAAUUUAAAAAUACAUUACUUUACAGAAACUGUUUACCAGCAAAACACCAUGAAGUGUACACUGCACAUGUAUUGUUUGUCACCUGUUUGCAUCAAAUAUAUUUGCUUAGCAGAAAAAGUGUGUUCAUCACCAGUAUGAUGUGAGCCCAUUCCAUAAAGCUUACCAAUCGUACUUCUAAGCAGGGGGCCAGGCACCAACAAAUACAUAAAAGUAUUUUGGUUAGUGAAUAUUAUUCUGUGCUAUUAAAGCAAUGUGUUGUGCUCAACAGCUUUACAAAAUCUGAGGUUAAAUUUAAUAGGUCUCUGCUUGUGCUCUUUUAAGGUAUUAGACAUGAUUGAUAGAGCUGGCAAAAUAGUAACAUGGUUUGUGUUCAUGUGAGAUUAACCACAUUCAGUGAUAGUGCCAGACUAUUCAUGGUUUGUGUUCAUGUGAGAUUAACCACGUACAGUGGUAGUGCCAGACUAUUCAUGGUUUGUGUUCAUGUGAGAUUAACCACGUACAGUGGUAGUGCCAGACUAUUCAUGGUUUGUGUUCAUGUGAGAUUAACUACAUACAAUGAAAUAAACCUGUGAAAAUCUGGACUUAAUCCUUCAGGCGAUUCGGGGGAAAUGCCAUGCAGAAUUUACAGAACAUGCAAACACAUUGUCCUUAAUGUUGGUUAAUAAUACGGUUUUGCAGGUUUUCAGAUAUUUUUUUCUUGAGAGGGAGAUAUUUUACACACGAAAACAUUUCUAGUUUGAACUUCAUAAUCAGUAACCUUUCAGACUAAAUUUAAACAAUAUUUGUUAUCCAUACCAAUCAUGUUUAAUAUUUUUAAUAUUCUUGUACUUGAUGAAAUUUCGCCAGGGUAGUUUUUAUACCUAGAUAGAAGUUUUGUAUUUUAUGGGGCGUUCAGAUUAUUAAAUAAUCUUGACACAUUUUUCAUCGAGAAGUUUUCUUACAAUGAUUCAAGGUAGGGUAAACUUAAACUGGUAAUUGUCUGUUCUCUGAUUAAGUUACCUCUUUCUCUAAAACUACACUAUUUCCAAGGUGGUCGUUUAUAAAAAUGCUCUCUAGUGCUGUUUACCAAGUACUUUAUGGUUAUAAACUUGGAGAAAAUUUACCAAAAUUACACCUUUUAAAGAAUUACAAAUAAGGACAUGAAUUAUGUUACGCAGUUUGAGAAUAUUAAAGUUUAUUUUGUGUGAAGCAGGAAAAACUUAAGAUGAAGUGGUGCUAUUUCUUCUGUUCGGAUCAGAAAUGUCAAACUUAAAAUAAAAAAAUGAGGAAGGUCAUUAUAUUUGGUGUCUAACUUUCAAAUGAUAUUAUUUUUGAAGAGGGCAACAAAACAAGAAAGGAUGUACCAUACCAUUCCUGAGCACAAUAAUGUGUGUACAGUCGUGCAACUUUUCAGGUGAUUAGCUGAUUUCCCCUUUUUUCGUUCUAAACAGUGCCAUAUAUAAUAACUGAAAAACAUGCUGUACAAAAUUAAAGUGUGAUUGGCCAUUUCCUCUUUUCUUUCAAUUAUAAAGUUGAAUAUGUCUGUAUAUAUGUACCAACUCUUUUUUAACUGAAACAUAAUUUGUAGGCUGCUGACAAACUUGAUUUUCUGUGUUUAAAACUCAUAUAGUAUAAGGUACGUACAUAUAUACACUUCUACUAUAAACUUUGAAUUCACGAUUUUGUUAAAAAAUAUUGAUGAUAAAUAAAAUAAGUAUAACUAA